UUGCAUUUGCUUUCACGGAUCUGUUUAGUACUGAAAGGGAAAGGGGGAGGGGGAAAAAAAAAAGAAGACAAAAGUGCUGCACUGAAUGUGAGAUCAUGCAAAAGCUAGUGCUCUAUGCUUCUAUUUACCUGUUCAUGCUGAUUGCAGUUGAUCCGGUGGCUCUUGAUGACAGUAGUCAGCCCACAGAGAACGCUGAAAAGGACGGACUGUGCAAUGCUUGUACGUGGAGACAGAAUACAAAAUCUUCCAGAAUAGAAGCCAUAAAAAUUCAAAUCCUCAGCAAACUGCGUCUGGAACAAGCUCCUAACAUUAGCAGGGAUGUUAUUAAACAACUUUUACCCAAGGCUCCUCCGCUGCAGGAACUGAUUGAUCAGUACGAUGUGCAGAGAGAUGACAGUAGCGAUGGCUCUUUGGAAGAUGAUGACUAUCAUGCCACCACCGAAACGAUUAUCACAAUGCCUACAGAGUCUGAUUUUCUUGUACAAAUGGAGGGAAAACCAAAAUGUUGCUUCUUUAAGUUUAGCUCUAAAAUACAAUAUAACAAAGUAGUAAAGGCACAAUUGUGGAUAUACUUGAGGCAAGUCCAAAAACCUACAACGGUGUUUGUGCAGAUCCUGAGACUUAUUAAGCCCAUGAAAGAUGGCACAAGAUAUACUGGAAUUCGAUCUUUGAAACUUGACAUGAACCCAGGCACCGGUAUUUGGCAGAGUAUUGAUGUGAAGACAGUGUUGCAAAAUUGGCUCAAACAGCCUGAAUCCAAUUUAGGCAUCGAAAUAAAAGCUUUUGAUGAGAACGGACGGAAUCUUGCUGUAACUUUCCCAGGACCGGGGGAAGAUGGAUUGAACCCAUUUUUAGAGGUCAGAGUUACAGACACACCAAAACGGUCCCGCAGAGAUUUCGGUCUCGACUGCGACGAGCACUCGACAGAAUCCCGGUGUUGCCGCUACCCGCUGACGGUGGAUUUCGAGGCUUUCGGCUGGGAUUGGAUUAUCGCUCCUAAACGAUACAAAGCCAACUACUGCUCCGGAGAAUGUGAAUUUGUGUUUUUACAAAAGUACCCCCACACCCACCUGGUGCACCAAGCCAACCCCAGGGGCUCGGCAGGCCCCUGCUGCACACCCACCAAGAUGUCCCCCAUCAACAUGCUGUACUUCAACGGCAAAGAACAAAUCAUCUACGGCAAGAUACCAGCCAUGGUUGUGGAUCGCUGUGGGUGCUCCUGAGAUCCUCGCUGGAUCCACCACUUCACACGUCGUGGAAGCUACCAAAAGAAAAAAUAAAAAAAAAAUAAGGAAAAAAAAAAAAG